ACCACUUCACUGUUCCCCACACCACCUGCCUUGUCACACCACUCUCUCUCUCUCUCUCUCCCUUCCACACUUCAGCACACACCCACACACUCACACACUCCACUCUCACUGUAAUAUUCAGUUUAAUCAAGUUUUUUUGCAUUUUUGUGAAGGACAUCAUUUUGAAUUUCCAUUUGCAGAUUCUUUUAUUUCUCAUAGUGUGAGAGGAGAAGGUGAAGUGUUAAAUUGGCUUGUUUUUAUACAUUGUUUUAAGUGUGUUGGGUUGUGUUCAUCAGUACUAGGAAGGGUGUCUGUGAGCCUUAUGUUCUGAAGGUGCUUGUGACAGGAACACACCUAGACACACACUAACCUACACACACUAGCUUGAACUCCAGCUGAACACACUCACAUACACACACAUACAGACAGACAGAGACAGACAGACACAAUGGGGUGGACUAAGAAGCAGAGUUUACUUGCUUUAAUGAUGGUGGUGACUGGAUCUAUCAAUACUCUCUCCACAAAAUGGGCAGACGAGAUAGAGGCGGUGAACUCAGCUGGGGAGAAGGCACACUUUGUCCAUCCAUACUUCCAGACAGAGGGAAUGUUCAUAGGAGAGAUGCUGUGUAUGCUGGCCUUCUACAUCAUGAGGUGCAUGGAGAGGAGGCAGCGGCGGGAGCAGGUAGAGAUGUCCCCCUCCACCACACAGUCGACCAAGUUUCCUAAGUACAUCUUCCUGCUGCCGGCCUUUUGCGACACCCUGGCCACCUCCACCAUGUACCUUGGCCUCACCCUCACCUUUGCCAGCUCCUUCCAGAUGCUGAGAGGUGCUGUCAUAGUAUUCACCGGCCUGCUAUCAGUUGCCUUCCUGGGACGCAAGAUUCAGUGGUUCCAGUGGCUAGGCAUUGUGGUCAUCAUCGCUGGCCUGAUCAUUGUAGGGGUGUCGGAUGUUCUUGGUCCCACUAACUACUCUGGCUACACCACCAACGGCAUUAUUACUGGUGAUCUCCUCAUCAUUGCAGCACAGGUGGUGACAGCAUCCCAGAUGGUGAUAGAAGAGAAGUUUGUGUUGGGUCAUGACGUGCCCCCUCUCCUGGCUGUGGGUUGGGAAGGUGUGUUUGGCUUCACCAUCAUGACAAUUCUUAUCAUUCCCUUCAACUUCAUCGAUGGCGGGAUCUUUGCGCAGAACCCCAGUGGCACUUUAGAGGAUGUUCCCGAUGCCUUCUACCAGAUUGGCACCACCCCCCUCCUGUUGGUGCCCAUUCUUGGUAACAUCAUCAGCAUUGCCUUCUUCAAUUUUGCGGGCGUGAGUGUGACGAAGGAGCUGUCAGCCACCACCAGAAUGGUCCUCGACUCUGUGAGAACCCUGGUAGUGUGGGCCGUGUCUGUCCUCAUCCCCUGGCAGAAGUUCCAGUACCUGCAGCCGGUUGGUUUCGUGAUCCUCAUAAUUGGCAUGAUGCUGUACAACGACAUCGUCAUCCUUCCCUUCUGCCGCUCUAAAGGAUGGAUCAGGCCUACAGAGACUCCUGAGGACACAGAGCCUGUCAUUGCCGCCUCCUCGUCCUCCACCGCCUCUGCUAGGAUUGUUGAGGCAGACAAGAGAGGCAUUGACAACCCAGGCAGUACAGUGGAGGUGAUGUGAGGUGUGGCGUGCGACAACUAGAGGCUUGAAACAGGUGUGUGUGUCCUUGUAUGGGAGUCAGGAAGGUAUGAAUGACAGAUGAAGCAAUAUACAGAAUGAACAGGUGUCAGGAGUAAACAGGUGGAAGGUUGAAGACAGGAAGUCCUCUCUAUAUAUAAUGCCAUAAGAGUGUCGGUUUUAACAGGUGGAAGGUGGGAGUGUGGAUGCUGUCUUUAGUAUUCUUAUAAGAGAUGGAAGUUUGCAUCGUGUUGUUGGGUGAUGUGCGGGUGAAUAUUCUAACUCCUUUGGCUUCUACAGUUUAAUUCUUUCACUGGGAUAUGAAGCAAUAGCACUAGAGGUAACACAUAAAGUCUUUAUAAGCAUCUACAAGGAAGAAGUGGAUUAAAAGAAUAGAUUUUGCAGUUUCUACCCAGUUUAAUGAUUGGAGGUGGGUGUGGAGCAAGGAAAGAUGUCUCAGAGUGUUUGGUGAUUAAGGAAAGAUGUACUGAAUAGCAGAGAAAGGGUUAAUAUAAUGGUUUUGUGCAAAGUUGACUCAGCUGAUUAUUGAGUUUUCUAUUUAUUUAUUUUAUUUAUUAUUAUUAUUGUUUUUUAAGAAUUUCUGGACAACAGAAAGACAGUAAUAGAAAAAUACCCACUGAAGAGAUGCCACUUCACUCCCAAAAGAUAAUUGUCAAAAAGAUUAUCCAAAAUUUUUCAGUAGUGUCUUUGAAAUUAUUCCCUCCCAGUUAUUCACUAGUAUUUGUCAACCAAAAUCUUUCUUUUCCUUUAAAUCUGACUUUGUCAAGCUAGGAACUGUUCCUUCUCAUCCUGUCCUGAUGAUGACUAACCCUGAGAAUCUUGCCUACAUCACACUUGCUAUUCAGUUAUAUCAAGAAUUUACUUUUCUACUUGUGAAUUGUUUAUUAUCUUGACUUAUUGUAGUAUUUUCAACAUAAGUCAUUUAAGUCACUUGUAAGUCUGUAUCCAUCAUUACUUACCUCAUGGUUCAGGAAGCCAGCUGCAGGUCUGCCUUCAUUACCUAAUACUUCUGUAACUUAAUCUGGCAUCCCUUGACGACUUUCAGAUGUCGAGAUUUUGCAAGUGAUUCUUCUUCCUUGUGUUCAUAUGACUCAGUGUGUGAUGAUAUUGACCUGAUGUGGGUUUAUGAGAACACUGAUCAGGUUGAGCAGAGUGUGUUGUGUGUUGGGUGUAUUGAAGUGCACAUCAGGUUUAUGGGAGCACAUUGGUUUUAUUUAUCAGAUUGCAAAUGAGGUUUAUCGGAAUGGAAAUUAAGCUUACUGGGAUAUUUGGAGUUUUACUGGAAUGCAAAUCAAGUUUACUUAAGCUAGUUGGGUUUAUCAGAAUGCAAAUGAGAUUCACUGGAUUGUAUCAAGCUUAUUUGACUCUUCUACCUACCUAAACACCGGGCCAGCAAUCCCACACAGGGCGGUCCAGACAAAGCACCACACUCACACGCACUACAUUCACACUCUUGGCCCCGUCAGUCCCUGGUGGAAAGGCACAGGCUUGUGGACCACCCUACUACACCCCAGGAGCUUAGGCAUUGCACAGCUGGCCACGUACUUCCACAGCAAUUUGAAAUUUUGAACUUAAAGCAGAUUUAUUGAAAGGUGUUGGAUGCAUCAGCUUGUAAACGAGGAUUGAAGGAACUGCUUUCAUACUUACUCAUUCCUUGUCCAUAUUUUUUAGUUAUUUUGUCCCCCAGAUGUCUCCUACUGUUCCUAUAUUUAAGUCUUCUUUUCUUGGUGUGUUACCCUCUGCAACUCAGAAGUCAAGGUGGAGUGAGGCAGAAUUAAGGUUGUGUUCAUCUUUAUCUCCUCUCCUAUUCGUUCUACUCUCCAUGUGUGAUAUGUUGUUGUUUUUUUAUGAUAUUUUUAGUGCUGGUAAACUGACUGGUUAUUGAAAUACUACUCUGCAUCUACCUAGCAUACCCAUGAUGGCCCAUACACUCACCCACACCUGCAGAAGACACCCAAAACAUCAUUACACUCACUCACACUCGUCGCAUCAAGUACACUCACCCCACACCCACUUAAGACACUCAGGCAUCACAUACACGCACCCAUACUCUCCUGGUACUCUUAUUACAUCACAUACACUCAUUUACACCCAUUGCAUCAUAUACACUCACCCACACUCACAAAAUACACCCAUAUCAUCACAUACACAAACACACACUCGCCAUAUAUAGUUAUCUGCAUAUCAGUCACUGAAAAAAAAAUUGAUGAAGUAAAUAUCAAAGAUCAUAUCAUUCUAUAGAUAUUUUUUUUAGAUGGUAUGAAAUGCUUUUGCUGUCUUUCGUAUGAGUUUAAGGCACUUUGUGUUUUUCAGUCACUCAGUCUGUCAAAUUCUUAUUAAUUGUUAAGAAAAAGAGAUUAUGAAAUGGAAAUUACUGUAUACACUGCUUAUCAUUGUUAUUUCUUAAAUAAUUCAGUUGGGAAAAAAAUAUGAAUUGAAAGUGAAAAUAAGGUAAAAGAAAUUGUUUCAUUAUCAGUGAGAAACUUUUAAAUUAUAUAUAUUUUUUUAUUAGAUGCUCAUCAUAUUAAUUGCCAUAAAAAUAAUAAUAAUAAUAAUAAAAUGAAAUAAUCCUUAACAAUUUAUUUUUCAUUAUUUUGAAGAAACUCAACAGAACCACAUUUUUACUAGAAGCUUGUCAUGUUGCUGAACAAAGCCAAAAUCCUUCUUUAGCAGCACCUGCAGUAGUAACAUGACCCUCCCUAGUGCUGUGUGUCUAGAGGCUUUCCCACACACUGUUAGGUACAAAGCAAGGCAAGAUGUAUUAUAAUCGUGUGUCAUGUGCUUACCAGAGCUAUUUUUUCAUCAUAGUACAGUAUAUUUAUUUUUCUGAGAGAUGUUUAAGAUAUUUCUAUACUCAGCUGUACAGUUUGUUUCUCUCAGUUUGAAAUAUGAAUGUUCUAUAUAUUGUUUUUCUUUCUGAUGUAAUAUAAUUUUGGGCAUUGCCUGGGAGUGAGUAUAUAUUAUUAUUUUUAUUAUUAUUAUUAUUAUUAUUAUUAUUAUUAUUGCUGUUGAAGAAUGUUUGUAAUAAAUACGACAAUUAUUUAUAAUCGUAUUAUACCUUAAAAUUAAGCUUAAGAUAUAUAGAUAUAGAUAUAUGUAAUAACUUUUUAUGCAGACUAUUUUAAUAAAACAUUACCAGAA